AUGCUCGGCUCUGUGUCCCGCGUGGCGUCUCUGGACGACAUCUCCAAGUGGAACGUCACUCAGAUCGACACCCUGGCAGCUCUCAUGAAAACCGAAGAUGGGACCUGGGAUUCGGCUCAGGUAGAGGGACUCUCAGAGUCCUCCAGGCUCACAGACCAGCGGCGUUUGGCCUCAUGCUGUAGCAAGGAAAUCAUCACCAAGUACCUGAACAGCUCCGGGAGCUCCCUGGGAAGCACGGAGCUGAACAUCAUUGACUCCAACCUUUGCUCUCUGGACACCAGCACGCUGAGGACCAUCAGCUCAGAUAGCAUCAGGUUAGCACCACCUGAGAUCUGUGGAGCUUCUCUGGUGGAUGUGGUGGCGUUUUCAACCCAGAACAUCAACAUGGACGUGGACGUUUUCCGGAGUUUGGAUACGAAUGUCAUCAAAGAUCUGACGGUGGCUAACGUGGGGGGCCUGAUGGGCAGCCAUUUGCCCGACCUCAAGCUGUUUGAGAACGACACCGUGGUCCAGAGUUGGGUCAAAUCGCAGCUGCAGGCGGACCUGGACACGCUGGGCAUCGGCCUGGUCGGCGGCAGGAUCGCCUCCACCACCGAGGCACCCGCCAAUGCUACGACCAAUGGGACGAGCUCUAUGACCCCAUCACCAACCAAUGGGACCAGCUCUAUGACCCCAUCACCAACCAAUGGGACCAGCUCUAUGACCCCAUCCCCAACCAAUGGGACCAGCUCUAUGACCCCAUCACCAACCAAUGGUACUAGCUCUAUGACCCCAUCCCCAACCAAUGGUACUAGCUCUAUGACCCCAUCCCCAACCAAUGGGACCAGCUCUAUGAUACCAUCACCAACCAAUGGGACGAGCUCUAUGACCCAAUCGCCUACCAAUGGGACCAGUUCUAUGACCCCAUCACCAACCAAUGGGACCAGUUCUAUGAUACCAUCGCCAACCAAUGGGACCAGUUCUAUGAUACCAUCGCCAACCAAUGGGACCAGCCCCAUGAUACCAUCCCCAACCAAUGGGACCAGCCCCAUGAUACCAUCGCCAACCAAUGGGACCAACCCCAUGAUACCAUCCCCAACCAAUGGGACCAGCUCUACGACUGCUUCAUCCAGUGGGUCAAUGAGCACAACAACACAA